GGGGCUCUGAACGCAGAUCAAUGAACUCUUCUAAAUAAACGCGCAGGGCAAUCGAAGUUGGGACAGAAUACGUUGUCAUCUCAAAUUGGCUAAGUUUAUAUCCCAUUGGCAACUAAAAAGUAACCCUAACACGCAGGGGAACCGAAUUCUAACGUUAACUCUAUGUAGUAUAGAGUCAAAUUUAUAACUUUGUCAAGCUAGCCUGGCGUCGGAUACACACCAAUCUAAUAGCUACAACUGGAUAAACAUACAGUUGUGUGCCGAGGAAAUUAAGAAUUGAGGAUGAUUUUCGCUAAUACAGCCAAUCCUAUAAGGACGUCAUAUCGAAAGCAGGUAGGCCUACAUAUGAACCGCAACAUUUUAAGAGCAGUUGCCCAUCGCCCCGUCCUCACACCCAAUGGCUCCAACCAGCCCCAGCACCAACGGCAGCAACAACAAUAGCAGCAGCAGCAGUACUGCAGGCUGGGAGCAGCUCAGCAAGACCAAUCUGUACAUCCGAGGGCUGGCCCCAGCAACCACCGACCACGACCUGGUCAAGCUCUGUCAACCGUAUGGCAAAAUCGUAUCGACGAAGGCCAUCCUGGACAAGACGACAAACAAAUGCAAAGGUUACGGCUUCGUGGACUUCGACAGCCCAGCUGCCGCUCAGAAGGCGGUCUCGGCCCUGAAGACCAACGGGGUCCAGGCCCAGAUGGCUAAGCAACAAGAGCAGGACCCGACCAACCUGUACAUCUCCAACCUGCCCCCCUCCAUGGACGAGCAGGAGCUGGAGAACAUGCUGAAGCCUUUCGGACAGGUCAUCUCCACCCGCAUACUGAGGGACUCCAGCGGGGCCAGCCGCGGCGUGGGCUUCGCGCGGAUGGAAUCCACGGAGAAGUGCGACGCGGUGAUUUCCCACUUCAACGGAAAGUACAUCAAGACGCCGCCGGGAGUGCUUCCUCCGUCGGAACCCCUGCUGUGCAAAUUCGCCGACGGGGGGCAGAAGAAGAGGCAGAGCCAGAGCAAGUACAUGCAGAACGGCCGAGUGUGGUCCCGGGACGGUGAGGUGAGACUCGCAGGGAUGACUCUCACGUACGAUCCUACCACAGCCGCUAUGCAAAACAGCUUUUACCCCUCACCCUACAGUAUUGCCAACAGGAUGAUCGCUCAGACGUCCAUGCAGCCGUACAUCUCGCCUGUUUCCACGUAUCAGGUACAGAAUCCCUCCUGGGUUACCCACCAGCCCUACAUCAUGCAGCACCCGGGAGCAGUGUUGUCGCCCUCUAUGGACCACACCAUGUCACUGCAGCACUCGUCCAUGAUGGCUCCUCUCAACCAGCAGAUGAGUCAUCUCUCCCUGGGCACCACAGGAACGUUUAUGCCUGCCAAUACAGCUAUGCAAGCAGCCUAUAUUCCUCAGUAUGCCCACAUGCAGACCGCAGCUGUCCCCGUGGAGGAAAGCGGUGGACAGCAGCCAGUGGAAUCUUCUAGCGAUCAUUCUCCUUACAGCUAUCCACAAACCAAGUAAUAACAAGGUGUUCUGUGAGUGCUGGGACAGGUGAGACCAUCAUGGCUGCCUCCGCCAGGCCGCACCGUAUGGAUUUAACAACAUUUUGCACAGGUUCUUGUCGAUAAUAAAUUCAACCAAAACUAUUUUGGUAUAACUUCUGUGAGGUGCAAAUAAAUGCAGAAUUUUGUCAAAGGAUAUUACUUCUCUUGAAAAAAAGGAGAACAUUUUAUUUUAAUAAGGAAAGACCGUUUAAUUUUUUUUAAAUCAAGGAUUGUCACAAGGACACGAGAACACCAAGGAUUGCGUGACGUGACGUAAUACUCAUGACAGUAAAGAGGUCUUUUGUUAAUGUUUUAUAUGAUUUUAAUGAUUUUUUUUCUACUUUUGCUUUGUACUUUCCCCUCUGAAGUUUAUUAGCCAGACAUCUUGAAAAAUGAUAUUUUGUGCUUGCUGUGUGAGUGUCUUUGUGUUAUUCUGGUGAAGUGUUACCUGUCAAUUCUUGUAAACAAAAAAAAACAAAAAAAACAUUGUCUUUAGUAUAGAUAUGUCUUACCAUUCAAUUUGCCUUAAAUUCUUUUAUACAGUGGCUGUUUAGGCAACCUUUAAGACUAGGCGGAGCAAAAAUUGUCAAAUAAUUGCCUUGUAAAUCAGCUAGUUGGGGCUUUUAGGGUAUAGCUAAUUAAAAUUCUCUGUGUCUAGGAGUUUAGAUUUUUUUUAGGAGUUUAGAUUUUUUCCCCCCUUCCUGAUCUUUGCUGAAUAGUAAUCGAUGUAGAACUUUAAACUAGACAACAUGCUUUGAGUGAGAUACUUCCUGAAUCUGAUCCGUUUUAAUAGGCUGUAAUGGUUUUGUACCUGGAUGACCUAACUUCCUUCUGGUUGUGUGAGUGUUGUAGAAAUUCGGCCCAAUGAUCACUUUUUAAUUGUUGCCUUUUAGCUAACUUUCUCAGCUAACUAAAUGCAGUAGUUUUAGUGAAGGAUGAAUUUAUUUGGAUUGGGGAAACCUGGCUUGACCAGUGGGUUUGGAGGGAGUGCAAACUGCCAGGAAUUGGCAGGAGUUUAUUUUUAAGAAUAUUUUUGCUUUUCAGUCGAAAUACAGUAAACAAGCUCAGAUUUAUGAUUGUGCAAAAACUAGCAAACAAAACUUGCCUUCCAAAAUAGCUGUGGCAAAAUAAGAGAGUAUUAACAAAACCUGAGCAGUGAAUAAACAACUUUAAAUGAAACUAGCUAUUUCAUAGGAAAAAAAACCUUGGCACUUUCAAAAAAGUUUACUUCACCAAAGAUCUGAUGAGCUAGUACAUUUUGGAAAUUGUUUAAUGUUUCUCUCUCUCUUGCAGUAUGUGUAACAAAUGUUUUUUGUUUGUUUUGUUUUGUUUUGUUUAGUUUAGUUUUUUUGCCAGACGAGAGUGCGGUUUGGAUAAUGUGCCUUUUUUGUAUGUUUGCAUUCAGUUUUUUGUCUAGACCUAAUAGACCUAAUAACAUAUGAAUUUAUUAAUGUAUUGAUACCAACAAGUGUGAAGGAAGAUCUGGAUCUCGCGUGUGCUACGCCGGCUGAUUUCAUCACUACAAAAAGAAGAAGAAAUGCAAUAAGAAAAAAAAAAACCAGGAAAUAAGGCAGUUUGAAACUAUGAAAUGAUUUAACUCCGUAAUCUGCUUUUCCAUUGUAUCGCAGAUGAGAUAUUAUAAUGAAAGCUUUAUUCUUUUUUAAUCACAGUAGAUAGAAAGGCUUUAUAAAUUAAGUUGUCUUCCAAAAGACUGUGUUUUGACCUGGUUGUCGGACUGACCAGUUAUCUACCUCAGAGUUUUCUUUUUCCUUUAAGUUGGGCCGGGUUAGCGGGUCCAGCCCGCCCUUCCAGACCAAAAGCCAAGCUCAGGAGCUGGCAGUAUACAGUUAUUUUCAGUUUAUUUUUUAAAUUUUUUUUU